AUGGAUGUACCCUGCAAUUAUUGUGGAGCAUUUAAGUUUAAGAAUGAAGCCCCUGGAAUGUGCUGUGCUCGGGGUAAGGUUAAACUGCCAGCCCUACAUGCACCACCCGAACCAUUAUCAACGUUGGUGGCAGGCGAUACGAGCAUAUCGAAACAUUUUUUAACAAAUAUCCGUCGAUACAAUUCGUGUUUCCAAAUGACUUCAUUUGGGGCAACGAACGUCGUGAGGGAUAAUUACAUGCCAACAUUCAAGGUGCAAGGUCAAAUCUAUCAUCGGGCUGGAUCAUUAUUACCCCUGCCAGAUAUGGAACCUAAAUAUCUCCAAAUAUAUUUCAUGGGGAAUAGCGAUGACCAAAUCGAUCAACGUUGUACCCACAAUGCGGGCACGAGACGAGAAAUUGUCGCUGCAUUACAAUCUCUAUACGAUCAACACAACGAAUUGAUCCGUUUGUUUAGAAUUGCCCUUCACCGAAUGCCAGCCGAUGAUUACAGGGUUGUAAUACGAGCAGACAAAACACCCCUCGGUCAACACGAGCGCCAAUACAAUGCACCUACAAUUGAUGAGGUGGCGAUCAUUAUGGUUGGAGAUGAAUUCAAUUCCCGUGACAUAAUUCUACAUCGCAGGGAUGGAAACUCAUCGCUCAUAUGA